AAAGCCACACCUCAUAAUCAAACUUCAAUUAAAGAAAUCACACACUACACACAGUGAGAGCUCACAAAGCAGAGUAAUAAUGGCAAUCCCUAUACCAAGUCGGCAACUGUUCAUCGACGGAGAAUGGAGAGAGCCCGUCCACAAGAAUCGCAUCCCCAUCAUCAACCCCUCCACUGAGGAGAAUAUCGGGGAUAUUCCAGCAGCUACUGCUGAAGAUGUUGAAAUUGCUGUUGAGGCUGCUCGCAGAGCACUUGUGCGGAAUGGGGGCAAAGAUUGGGCCAACGCGACUGGGGCGCACCGCGCCAAGUAUUUACGAGCCAUUGCUGCUAAGAUAACAGAGAAGAAAUCAUAUCUGGCAAAACUUGAAGCCAUUGAUUGUGGGAAGCCAUUGGAAGAAGCAGCUUGGGAUAUAGAUGAUGUUGCUGGAUGUUUUGAAUAUUUUGCUGAUCUGGCUGAAGCAUUUGAUUCAAAGAAAAAGACUCCUGUUUCUGUUCCCAUGGAUACGUUCAAGUGUUAUGUUUUGAAAGAGCCCCUUGGGGUAGUUGGGUUGAUUACGCCGUGGAAUUACCCUAUGUUAAUGGCAACAUGGAAAGUUGCCCCUGCUCUGGCAGCUGGCUGUACAGCAAUACUUAAACCAUCAGAAUUAGCAUCCAUCACAUGUUUGGAGUUGGCUGAAGUGUGUCGAGAUGUGGGUCUUCCAUCUGGUGUUCUCAACAUUUUGACAGGCUAUGGUCCCGAAGCUGGUGCUCCUUUGGUUUCACAUCCUGAUGUAGACAAGAUAGCAUUUACAGGGAGUAGUGCUACAGGAAGCAAAAUUAUGACUGCUGCUGCAUCACUUGUAAAACCAGUUACGCUUGAACUUGGUGGAAAAAGUCCAAUAGUCGUCUUUGAAGAUGUUGAUCUUGACAAAGCUGCUGAAUGGGCUCUCUUCGGUUGCUUUUGGACAAAUGGUCAAAUAUGCAGCGCUACUUCUCGACUCAUAGUCCAUGAAAGCAUUGCAGAAGCAUUCUUGGAAAAACUGGUAAAAUGGUGCAAGAACAUUAAGAUUUCAGAUCCAUUAGAAGAAGGCUGCAGACUUGGCCCUAUAGUUAGUAGCGGACAGUACGAAAAGGUAUUGAGGUUCAUAUCAACAGCCAAGGAUGAAGGUGCGACCAUCUUAUGUGGGGGUGUGCGACCACAGCAUCUGAAGAAAGGCUUCUAUGUCGAACCCACCAUAAUAACAGAUGUAAAAACCUCCAUGCAAAUAUGGAGAGAGGAAGUUUUCGGACCAGUUCUGUGUGUUAAAACAUUCUCAAGCGAAGAAGAAGCCAUUGAACUGGCAAAUGACACACACUAUGGUCUGGGGGCUGCUGUAUUAUCACAAGACCACGAAAGGUGUGAACGGUUAACAAAGGCCUUUCAAGCAGGCAUUGUGUGGGUCAACUGCUCGCAGCCCUGCUUUUCACAAGCUCCUUGGGGAGGCAAGAAGCGCAGUGGUUUUGGGCGCGAACUAGGAGAAUGGGGGCUCGACAACUACUUGAACGUGAAGCAAGUCACAGAGUAUGUGUCUGAUGAUUCGUGGGGUUGGUACAAGCCUCCAACAAAGCCAUGAGAAUCUCCAGCCAGCGAUUGUAAUUUCUGUGUUGUUUAUUGUGUAAGAAUAAGGAAGAUGCUUAUAAUUCUUGUGAAUUUUGAGCAUCCAUGUACGUGUAACAUCCCGACUUGUCUGCACCUAAAAUUUUCAUUUGAUUCGGAGUUGCAAUAAAUUUAAUUCGGUGUUUGGUUCCA